CAAAGCCCCCAAGAGAGAUCCAGUUCAAGUUGCCAAGUCUCUGAAGGACAGGCUGGGAUUACCUCCUAAACAGACCAGUACUGAGAGAGGGAAGGCUGCUAAGCCGAUGGGAGAGAUCCAUGUGAAAACACUGGAGGAAAUCCGUCGUGAGAAAGCUCUUCAGAGACGCGAAACUCAAGCCAAAGGCGAGGCUGAAGGGCAUGGUAAAACUGAAGAUUCCAGCGCAGGGGCAAGACCUGCUCGUGCAGGUCGCAUCAAAACUUUCCCUGAAGCCUUGUCUGAAAACAAGAAUAAUCGCUUGGUAGAAGAGAAGAAAAAAGCAGGAGAAUCCCCUAGCAAGAGCAAAAUUCAGGCACCUGAAAAGAAGAAAAGAAGGCAGUGAAAUUGAACCGGCCUUUUCCUACCCUUUCCUCUGUAGCUGAUGUACGGGUGAGUCCUCUGUG